CACCCUCACCCUACUUGCUAGAAAUGUGAAGAAUGCUUUGUCCACAGCACGUCUCUGGACUUUAAGUGGAAUUUAAGUGCAUGCUCGUGGUAAUGGUAAUUUCAAUAUUCACAACCCGGUUAUGCUGUCACAAAAAGUCAGCCCACGAAUGGUGUAUUUUUGUAGCGUAUAAAGAAGCUGUCUUUCAAAAAUGUUAAUAUGAAUAAAAAGUGUGAGAACUAGCUUUAAAAAGUUAAAAUACCCUGAACCUGAAUAAAGUUGACUUGCUUUGCUCAGGCAGUCCAGUGCCGUGUGUUUCCCGAAGACAGGGGAGCCAGAGAUCCACACACACACACACACACACACACACACACACACACACGCUCAAGUGAACGCCUCUCCUAUGGCUGCUGCGGCCACUCCUCCUGGAACAACAGCACUCUGUUCUCCAACGCCGUUAAAUGACACAAUAACGACUGAAAGUGAUGUUCAACGACUUUAAAGGUCUCCAGUUGAUCUGCAACUUCACGAAGGAGGCGUCUGCCCGCCGCGGCGUUCACUAUCCGAAGCGCGGAGACUCGAGAAAUCUGCAGGAAUAAAACGCGCCUCCUUCCAGGAGCUGUGCAUUGAUACACUCACGCGAAACGUCCAACUUCACAUGCGGAUUACUCAAGCCCUCAGACUCUUUGAAUGGCCGUUUUUUAAUCUUUAAACAGCGAUCUGACCGUGGAAUAAAAGCUAAAAUCAUCGCUGCAUCCCAAAAGCCAUUAUUUUUGUACUUAAGCUCUCCGGGACACACGAUCCUUGCGCACUUUUGACUAAAGCGUGAGUGAUGUUUCCAGCUGCUUUCACACGAUACUGACCCGUGCAUGUAUUUAUCGAAGCGUUUAGCGGUAUAAAGGCACCGAGUUGUUGCAUAAAGCAGCUAAAGUCUUUGUCCCGGAGCCAUUGGAGAGAUGGAGGGACAGGAUGGGAAUAAUGACAGUAAUCAGAAGGCAGACAAAAGGUUUGCGCUCUGGUAUAUGGGCUGGUCGUCUCUGGACAGGCGGACCACGCUGCCCAUGCUGCCCUGGCUGGUGGCGGAGAUCCGGAGGAAAAGUGAGAAGAACGAGUCCGGUCCCGCACAGGCCAGAGAAGUUCAGCUGUAUCUCUCGGCUCCUCUGAUCCGCUGCGUGCCAGCAAGCAGCAGCAACCCGUCCGUGUUCAUAUUCGAGCACAAAGCACAGUUUAUCUCCAGGUUUAUCCACAAUAGUCAUGACUUGUCUUAUUUUGCCUACCUUAUCAGAAGUCAACCGGAUAACCCCGAAUCUGAGAUGGCAUGCCAUGUGUUCAAAGCAUGUGAUCCAAACCAGGUGCCUGAGGUUAUUAGCAGCAUUAGACAGGUGUCCAAGGCUGCUCUCAAGGAGGAAAGCAAGCCCAAGCAAGAGAGUGAUGAGUCUUUCUACAACUCCCAGAAAUUCGAAGUGCUUUACUGUGGAAAAGUGACAGUCAACCACAAGAAAGCGCCUUCCACGCUGAUCGACGACUGCAUUGACAAAUUCCGCCAGCAUGAGAUUGAACGUAAGCGUCUGCGGCUCCUUAACGGCCAGCGCAGCUCCACUGAGGCCCCUGUGGAGUUCAUUGUGGGCGACGACCCUCUGAGCUCGUCCCUUUUCGAAGUCGAUGAACCUGAGACCAACCUAAAUGACAAAGAACUGUCCGAGGUGGGCAAUGGAAAUCUGGACCUGACUAGCUCAUCCAGUACGGGCAGCCUACGAGGGGCCUUUCCUGAAUGCAUCUUGGAGGACUCUGGUUUUGCAGAGCAGCAGGAAAUUCGUACACGCUGUAACAGCCUGGCGGGCGGUCUGCAGAAAAGGCCCAGAGAGGCGGGCAAGGGGUCAACACGUAGAAGACACGCUAGCGCGCCCAAUAACGUUCAGCCGUCUGAUGCUGACAAGAAUCGCACAAUGCUGUUUCAGGUUGGACGGUUUGAAGUGAAUCUCAUCAGCCCUGACACUAAAUCUGUGGUUUUGGAGAAGAAUUUUAAGGACAUCUCUUCCUGUUCGCAGGGUGUUAAACAGACAGAUCACUUUGGCUUCAUUUGUCGGGAUGCUGUGGAGUCUGGCCCAGCCCAGUAUGUGUGUUAUGUGUUCCAGUGUGCUAGUGAGUCUCUGGUGGAUGAAGUAAUGCUCACCUUGAAACAAGCCUUUACCACUGCAGCAGCUCUGCAGAGCUCCAAGAACCAAAUCAAACUGUGCGAAGCUUGUCCUAUGCAUGACUUGCACAAGCUCUGUGAGAGAAUAGAAGGUUUGUAUCCUCCCAGGGCGAAACUAGCCAUUCAGAAGUACCUCUCCCAGCUGAGCGACAACGAGCAGGUCAACAUAUUCGAGCGGGUGCAGAAAAUGAAGCCAGCAUCUGAUCAUGAAGAGAACGAGCUUGUGAUUCUUUCCCUCCGACAGCUGUGCGAGACCAAGCAGAAGUCUCAUGUUCAUAUCGGAGAGGUCCCACAGCAGAAUGCUUCUGGCAGCACCGUGACCUCUGAUAACUCUAUUGCUGGCCGCAAUAAACUAGAUGUGUUGAAGAACAAAGCUCGGAGUUCUCUGACAAGCUCCCUGGAGAACAUCUUCUCAAGGGGGGCCAACCGUAUGCGAAUGCGUCUCGGCAGCAUGGGAAGUUUUGACCGCCAGGGCGACUCCCCUGGUGACUCCCCACCUGGGACUCCACCCAGUUACAUUGAGGAAGACCCAGAUGCCCCGCAGUUCCGGCGCCGGGCGCACACCUUCAGCCACCCGCCCAUCAAGAAGAAAAUCUCCUUCACUGAGGUUUCCUCCCAGGCCUGUAAAGCUCCGCUGCGCCGACAGCAGUCUUUGGCCCCUGAGCUGCUACAGAACAGCACCGUUGGUUACACGAGAGCGCGCAGUGUCUCUGAGAGCGAGUCCUACUUCAGUCUCUCAUCCUCCUUCCACACCCCCACUUUCCUGAAAACCUUUUACCAGGGCUCCCUCGGCUCACUGGCCUCCCUGUCGGACAGCGGGAGUCUUAAGAGUGGUAAUGGAGAGAGCAGGAAGAGGUCUCUGUCAGGCUGUAGUACAGAUUCUUUGACCUUGGUACCUCCACGCAGAGUUUCUUGGCGCCAGAAGAUUUUCCUAAGGGUGGCGUCACCCAUGAGCAAACCCUCUGCUUCUAUGCAACACGUGGACCACAUGGAUGGCCGGGAGCUGCUGCCACUUUCUCCUCGGGCUUUGAACCAGGAUCAAGACCCUCAGGUCAGCCCCCUGUCCCCAGAGCAGGGCUUUGGUGGAGAGAAGGGCCAGCGCAGUCCAGCUGACUACAGGGCCCUGUGGAAGAAAGCCAUCCACCAACAGAUUUUGCUCAUCCGCAUGGAGAAAGAGAACCAGCGCCUGGAGGAAGCCAGCCGUGAUGAAUUGCACAUUCGUAAAAUGAAGCUGGAUUACCAGGAAGUCUGUCAGUGCUCAAAAGAGGUGCAGGCCCUUUGGGACAGGAAGUUGAGCAGUCCCUGUCGCACUAAAGUUCAGUGGGACAAAGAAGAAAUCCACGGUGCUGUCUGCCAAGGUGUCCCCAAAAAUCGACGAGGUGAAGUAUGGCUCCUGCUCACUCAGCAGUAUCGUCUGCGUCACCGUCUGCCGCAGCGGCAGCAGCCCCCUGAAACUCCUUAUCAGGAUCUCCUCAAACAGCUCACAGCACAGCAACACGCCAUCCUGGUCGACCUCGGCCGGACAUUCCCAACACACCAGUAUUUCAGCACUCAGCUAGGAGCUGGACAGCUAUCUCUGUACAAUCUCCUGAAGGCCUACUCCCUGCUGGACACGGAGGUGGGCUACUGCCAGGGGAUCAGUUUUGUGGCCGGUUUGCUGCUGUUGCACAUGAGCGAGGAACAGGCUUUCGACACGCUCAAGUUCCUCAUGUACGACCUGGGCAUUCGCCGACAGUACCGUCCCGACAUGAUCUCUCUGCAGAUCCAGAUGUACCAGCUGUCCCGACUGCUGCACGACUAUCACCGUAACCUGUACACUCACCUGGAGGAGCACGAGAUCUGUCCCAGCCUGUACGCCGCACCCUGGUUUCUCACUCUCUUCGCCUCUCAGUUCCCGCUGGGCUUUGUUGCCCGUAUAUUUGACCUCCUGUUUGUCCAAGGCACGGAGGUGAUUUUUAAGGUGGCCCUGUGUUUGCUGAGCAGCCACGAGGGAGAGAUACUGGAGUGCGACGGCUUUGAAAGUAUUGUGGACUACCUUAAAUCCACCAUCCCCACACUCACUCACAGCCAAAUGGAAGAGACGAUCACUAAGGCGAUCGAGAUGGACAUCUCCAAACAGCUGCAUGCGUAUGAAGUGGAGUACCACGUCCUGCAGGAUGAGCUGUCAGACGCACCUCCACCAUUGGAGGACUCCGACAGGCUAGAUAAACUGGAGAAAGCUAAUGCCCAGCUCAAGAAACAGAACAUGGACUUAUUAGAGAAACUGCAGGCGGCUCGUUUGAAGAUUCAGACGUUGGAGAGCAGCGUGGAGAGCUUCCUUUCACGCGAGAGCAAGAUGAAGCACCUGAUCCGUUCUCUGGAACAAGAGAAAGCUUCCUACCAAAAGACCAUUGAGCGUAUGCGUAGCAGUUUGCCAUCGGACGCCAUGGCUGAUGUAGAGAUGACCCAACUCAAGUCCAGCACCAAUGGGAAAGCCAAAGAAACUGCCUGCAAAAAGCCUUGAAUCACUAUCCUACUGACUGAAGCAUCAUAUAGGUACAUCAGUAGGCUUCUUCCUCUUUUGUGUUCCCAUCAUGCCUCACCUUUGAUGGCCUAUAAUUGAGAGACACGUUUGAUGCCUUGCAGCCUCACAGAGAAAACUUGAAAACAAACGAAAGCGUUUCUUUCCAAAGAGCAGCACAACUAGUGCAUUAAUGUCCUCGAGUGACUUUAUUCUCACUGUGAAGGUAUUUUCUUUGACCUGGCGCUCCAAAUAUUUACCAGGUCAAAUUUUGCUUAAAGUGCUUCACCUAAAGUGCAGACAGGGUUUCCUCUGCUGACCAGACUUCCCAGUUUGAGCUCACAGACUUCGAGCGAAUCUGUAAACAUGAAGAGUAAUUUGUCUACAAACCAUGAUCUUCGAUAUUGCACAGUAUUUUGUGUGUGCAUUUAAGAAGUGUGCCUGAAGAAUGUUGUGUUGGAUACUAUGCCAUAAAAAUGAGUGUGUGCAAUCUUUGAAAUGCAGAGUGUAAUGGUCGCCUGGGCAUAAAAAAAAUAUCCCACAAUCCUUUGGGGAUUUUACCAUUAUUUGGGUUUUUUUUGUUGCACUAACUGUCCUUGACAUCUGCGCAAAUAUUUUUGUAGUAUAAAAGAGUGCAGGGGUCUUGAGUUGUAUCGAAAUAUUGCUGUCGUGGAGAGCGGCUCACAAAAGAUGUCUGAUGAAUAUCUGUCAGAACUUCUGAAGCAUUGUAUUUCAUUCAUUUUUUUCAUCAGACAUUUGUAUUAAAGGCUUUUUUGAUGCUAUUUCAUUUUGGCCUUGGCAUACAGGCCUAAUAGCACAAAAAACAACAGAUGAGACAUUGGUUUAAACCACCUGUUCAGCUUGAUGGUGGCCAAAUAUGAUUGUACAUAUACUGUAAGAAAAAUGACACUGUAUUGGUCACUUAUCUAGCCGCAUGAAUGUGAAGCUAAACAGGAAUAUCUACUUGAACACUCAUUCUUGAUUGUCUGUUUUUAAAUCAUCCUGACCACACCGAUCAGAACCUGCCUAGUUUUGACAGUUUAAUGAAUGAAUCACAAAUGUAGUGAGAUGAUAAACUCUAAUGUAAGGGUUGUUAUAAAUGUAAGCAAGAGCUUCUUUCUGCUAUCAUUCUAUGUUCGAGUGAACAUAGUAUGGCAAAAAAGUGACAAUUAAGAAGUGUUAUUGCUGGCCUGUUGGGGACACCAGGGCCGUGAAUAUUUGAACCGAUCAGCUUUCUUUUAGCUACUGAUUGUUUUUUUUUUUUUUUAGAAAGAGUGAAGAGUGCAUGUUUAAUCAAGGGCUGCAAAUACAUCACUUGUUCAUAGGAGGUACAUCCUAGCAAUACAUCAAAAGUUUAACAAUGUGAAGGAUAGGGAGAAAUGAUUCAUGAUGCAAGAACAAGGUCACAUUGUUCAACUUUUCAAUAUUUCUCAACGCUAUUAUAAAACACGAUGCCUUCAUACAACAAAAAUACAUAAAGCAAAUGGUCUGAUGAUACUUUUUCAUAGUUUGCUUAAUGUGCCAAAACUUGUUGAUCAUUACAUUACACGUCUCCGCUAGUUUGUUGGACUACAUUUUUCGGAUGCAUUUUUUUUUUUUCUGCUAUGAAUCUUUGGUCACCAUUGAAAGCGUGUGUGCAGUGUGCUGACAAUGUCUUGAUUGUUUCUUUUGAUUUGGGCUGAGUUAUCAGUCCUCUAUACUCCAUUAAAAUCAACUUUUUAUA